AGAAGGUAAAAGAAAGGCCCCAAAAUUGUAUUUAUGUGCCCCUUAGGUAAUAUCUUCUGACUGAAGAAAGUUUUAAUUGUUAAAUUUGCGAUUUGUCCAAUUCAGAUUUAAGCAGCAAUAGUAAGAUAUCUCCAUUCCACUGGCUAAGUUUCUCAAAAAAGUAUGGAAGAUAAAUAUUAUUUCUUCUGCUUGUGUUCUGGCAGUGAAAUGCAAGUUAAGCUAGUAGGUGGCUUUCUGACACACAGAUGAUUAAAAUAAUAUUAAAAAGUCCAGAAUUCUGCCAGAAGAUAAAUUAUACAGUCUCAGAAAAAUACUUCAUACUUCCUAAGUGCAACUUGAAAAUAAUAGAAUAGUACUUUUACGUUAAGAAAAGAGAAGACCAAGCUUACUGAAGAUACACAAUAUUCUAUCUGCUUCUACCUUGUUUGCUGCUACACUUAGGGUGUGUACUCAGAAUCAUUUAUGUUGGAAAAGACCUUUAAAAUCAUCAACUCCAACUAUUAACCCAGCGCAGCCAAUUCCACCACUAAACCAUGUCCCUCAGUCCCACAACUACAUGGCUUAAUACCUCCAGGGAUGGUGACUCAACCUUGUCCAAUGCUUGACAACCCUUUCAGUGCAGAAAGUUUUCAUAUUGCCUAAUCUAAACCUGCCCUGCUGCACCUUCAGGUUGUUUCCCCUUGUCCUGACACUUACGACUUGGGAGAAGGGACCAAUCUUCACCUGCCUGCAACCUCAUCUCAGGCAGUUGUAGAGGGCUAUAAGGUCCCCCCUGAGCCUCCUUUUCUCCAGACUUAACAAUCCCAGCUCCCUCAGCCUCCACCGGUGCUCCAGACUGUUCACCAGCUUUUUGCCCUUUGUUGUGGAAGUAUUACUGUCUACUAGCAUUUUCAUCCCUGGAAGUCACUGAUAUUUCUUUGGGUGUAGGUAACUUGUGUACAAUAUGGAAGAAACAGUUUAUAAGAUCUAGAGAAUGUGCUCAUCAUGGAGAUAUUGAAGGAAAUACUGAUGGAAGCCCAGUUUUCUGAAAUACCUGAUUUACAAACUGUCUUAUUGGCAAGACAACACCUAUGAGGAAGGCUGUGAGCUCCUGCAGCCUUUCCAGGACCAACCAAUUACUUGUCUAUAGCAGCUGAGUCUUGCAUCUUGCCCUGGUACCAGUUUCACUUAAUCUGGUGUAAAGAGCAAGAACGUGUGAAAUAACUCAAGCCUCUUUCCUAGACACGUUUCCUAUUGCCUUCCAGCCUUAAAAUCUUCCACAAAAGUGGAAUCAUGACUGAUUUUUUUUUUCCCCUGGGAAAACAGUCACGAUAUAUGCAAAUUUUUCUUUUCAGUCUUUGACUACAUGCUAUUUUCUUGCUGCUAGCCCUCUCCCUUUUUCUUAAGUUUUUGGGUUUGUCCACAUUAUUAUUCAUUAGUCCCUAUCUGUUCUUAAUUAUGAAGUACAAAGCUUCUUGUCAUUCUUUAAAGUUAUUUUUUAAAUUGAAUUAUCCCACAACCCUCAUCCUUUUCUUGCAAAUGUAAAAAAUUUUGAUGAGAAAAUUAUCCCUUUUUGAUCCUUCAAAGAGAAAUCUUUAAAGCUCUGAGGUACUUCACACUCCUAAUCACACUCUGAAAAAUUAAAAGGUAACUAAUGUGACUGGAGCUCACUUUAUUACAAACCACAGUCAUCACAUUGGCAAAGAUGAGGAAAAAAAUCAGGAGAUUUUCACAUGGCACCGUGAGGGCCUAAUUUAGGUGAUGGAAACUUCGUGAAAAUCUCUUUGUGCUGUUAAAAUUAAGAGCAGACGUGAAUUAUUACAAUUGCUCAGUAUAACUUAAUAGAUGGAAACUUGGUAAGCUGCUGUAAUUUGGUUGCUCUGAAGUUCUGUGGCCAUACCACAAAUUUCUUCAUGCUUCAUACCAUGGAUUUCUUCAUGCCCCCAAGUACAGCACAGCUUGCUGCAGCCCGCCUGAGAACUGGGACAAGUGUGCUAGCUAGGAGUUGGAUCCACUAUAAUAAGAUUAUCCCAGAGCUAUACAGACCUCAGCAAGCGGCUAUUUUAAGCAGGGAAUAACAGAGAACAAGAGCAAACAGCCGCAAAAUAUGUCCAGCUGUCUCCAUUUCUGGAAUUCCAGGGUGGACAGUGUUGCUGUGGUGUGCUUACUGUCAGCCUCAGGUAGGACACAUCCCUUUCUUCUCCCUCCACCCUCUGCUUUCUCUUCUUUUUGACAACUUUAAUAGUUUAAUGAAUAUUUUAGAGUAUAAGCUUUAAUCGUAAACUUGGCUUGGAAAACACAAACCAUAAGCCUACUGGCAAGAAGCAGUGAGUUAUUUCCAACAUAAUUGUUUCCACAGGAUACCACCUGGUAUGUAUUUGCUCCACUUUAAUAGUCUCCAGUGGUUUAAUGUGAUAUAUUCAAAUCAAACCACUAAGCCAAAGUGCAUACAACACUUAAAAAAAUAUAUUCAGAAUAAUGCACAGCACUUUUUCUAUCUUUCAACAACUACUUGAUUUCUUAUUCAAGUGCUACCAACUCACCACUGGAUAUGUGCUAGUGCACUGCUCUUGGAGCGGACUCUCCUGGCUCUCUCAAGCACUUCAUCAGCUGCAUGUAGAGGAGAUGAAACCUCUACCCCUUUCUUUUAUCCUUGGGCAUGACUUUCUCCUUCCACUAUAGGCAUUGUCAAAGAUGGGUUGAGAGGAUUUGAGAAGAGAGUGUACAGUUUUCUAUUCUUCAUGUUGAUAGUUGAGUGUGGUUUUGUUCUGUGAAUGCAUGCCUUAUGCCUUAUGUUGGAGUGCCUUCAGCAUCAACCUAAAGCCAGAAUCAGAAUAAACAUGUCUGCUUCCAGAUGCAAAAAGAUCUUCUUCAAAAACUUUCACAAAUGGUCCUGCAAGGAAAACUAAGUUAUUAUUGCAUCUUUCUUUAUUGAAUAAAUGUGGUUAACAUCUUAAAAGAGUUUUCCAUUAAAGUGACAUUUUGUGACAAACCAAGAACUAGGACAUAAUCUUUAAGUCUGUCUGACUAACACUCGGAGAUGGAGUACUUUCCUCUGCUGUACUGGUGCACUGUUAUUUAUUUUUCUGUGAUGGGAUAUUAUGAUCAUAUAUAUUAUAAAUCUUUCCUGAGGGAGAUUUCAGUGACUUAUAAGAGUUUAUCUGGUCAAACUACUCAUCUGCAGUCAACAAUACAAAUAUGAAGUGAUUAUUUUGAAAAGCAAUAACAAGUAAGUUAAGUACUUUUUAAAUGUAUCGAGAAAGAAUAUAAAAGUAUCGUGAAUUAGUUUAAGGAUUUUAACCAAAAAUCAGUGAGAAGGCUUGGAAUAAACUUCUACUUUCAGCAUCUCAGAUGUAGAGAAAUUAAAAGUCAUUGUUAUAAAGUCCUAAAUUCUCUAGACUUGGAUUUAUUUUAUGUACUGUUGAUUGGAUAUCAGAGUUGGUCCCUACUGAAUAUUCUUGCAAAGGAUUUCAAAAUAACUGAAAUAAAUUGUCACAAAAUUUUAGUGAAGUAACAUUAUUGUGUAGCUCUUUCCACUUCCCUUUCUCUCCUUUUCACCUUCCUUUUGGAUCAGUGUAUGUAAGAAAAAGAUUACAGUAUAGAAAGAGGUUUUAGUAAAAUUAAAAUAUGUAGAACUUUAUAUCCUUCUCAUGUAACCUUCAUAUUGACUUGAAAGGGACAGAACAGACUCUUCACACCACAGUGCACUAGUUUGGAGCUUUAGUGAGCAUCACAAGAGGUCACUUCUACGAAUAGCAUGAAAAGCCACAAGCAUCUAAAACUGAAUUUGGUGAAAAGAUUUAAAAAUUAUUUAAGUUAUUUUGAUUUAAUGACAAUUUGACCAGACACAAUGGUCAAGGUUUUUGGCUUUAUAAUCAUGAUCAUCAGUGAUAUUUAGCACUGAUACCAGUAGCAAUUAUUGCUCCUGUCUUCCCAUUUGGACAACCAGAUCCUUUUAAAAUGUAGCUUCCUUAGCUGAUUUUUUUAAGCAUUGUAAUAGUCUUGACUUGUACAAUAAAAGUGCAAUAAGGAAGGAACAGAAGAGGGUACAGAGGUUUCCCCAUGUGUCUGUCUAUCCGAACCACCAGGGGGGACUAAUUCCUCAUCUAUAUCUUUACUGCAGCAAGUGUCUGAAAAAAACACCUAUGCUUGAACCAGGUCUAGAAAGUCACUGAGUUCAGCAGAGAGGUUGUCUUCGUUUAUAUUAAGAGAGCUUUUAUCUAAAAUCUUGUAAAUUUGCAGUACUCUUUCCAGUCUGUACAGCAAUGCCAGCACAAGUCUGGCCACAGAGGGACACGUGUUCAGCUGCGUAAUCGUAUCUAUUGGUAGGGUACGGUCAGUGCCAUCUCAUGACUUUUCCAGACUGGCCUGUGACUUGUGCUAAAUCUAUUGGACUGACAGAAGACUCAGCAGAGAGCCUGGCUUGGCUUCUUACUGCUUAAACUCACUCCAUACCAGUGACCAUGGCUUUGUGAUUGAAAGGAAUAUUUUUUUGACUGUACGUGCACAAGGCGUCUCUUCUUUAGUGGCUGCUUAAUCACUCCUUUGUGGCUGUCUCACUACUCCAUUUCUUUUUUCCAACUAUUACAGCCUUCCUGAUUUAUUUCAACUUCACUGCAUAUUUUACUAUUUUUAAGCAAGAUUUGACCGUCUUGAAAAAAAAACUGUGUUAUUGCUAUGAUCACAAAGGGUUAAUAUGUUUUAUAGUAUCCUGUUAAACAACAACAAAAAUCUGCGUGUGAAGUAUGUACUCUGGAGAUCUGUCAGGAAAGUUGUAUAAUUUUGAAUUUCUACUUAAAAGUCGAAUGCUAGAAGUUCCUUUUAAUUUUGAACUCUGUCAGGCUAUUGGGAUUCUUCUUGUGGUCUGUAGAAAGAUUUGGAAAUACUGAGGAGAUUUCUCUAGCCACAUUAAUUUUUCAAUUUUUUAUUUUGUGAAUUAUUACAUGUAUGAACUCAUUAGUUGGUGCUUUCAGGCACUUGUAAUUGAAUUCUCACCUUCCUUAACUAGUCUGGGAACUCUGCCCAUCUUCUGGGCGCAAUCAGUCAUAGUUUUGUGCGUGUCAUUAUUCUGAAAUUAUCUUUUGUGUUCCAUGCUCAGACUUCUGAAAACCAAUUUCCUAAUAUUUUACUAUUUUACGGUUUUAAUAUGUAAAGUAUUACUCUGGUAUACACAGAAUUUGUGAGAAUAAAAGCUUUUAGACGCUGUGAUGGGAAGUGGGAAGAGUCAGAACAAUUGAUUAAGUUAUAUUUGUUGUAAUUUUUAUUGAGUUUCCUGCUUAACACAAACUCAAAUACCUGUGUAUUUUAUAUACUGCUUCUUUUUUAAAAAAAAAACCCUAGACAAUUCCUGAUCUAAGAGGAGCCUGCAGAUAUACAUACAAAUCAAAAAGGUAGCUUGUCAGAAAUAAUUUAAUUUCUGUAAGUCAUUCUCCCAUAAAUUCGGUAGGUUUCUAUAUUUUAUUAUAGUGAGAAAGAAAAUUUAAUUGUUUCCUGUCAGUUAGAUGGUGAUUGUGCUCUCUUGAUGAGGUAUUAGCCUUUAUUUGAUCUGUUUCUGUAGCUGGGACUAGCAGUGUUGCCAGGUUUGUGCAGUAAGUGCUGACCCAGUUUGGACAACAUAAUUGAUAUAACAGAUACAGGCAAAAUAUGUUAUUCUUUGUGUAAUGCACUAACAGACAGAAAUAAGGGGAUGUAUCUAAACUGCUUUAAGACUUUUUGUUUCGGUGUCUCAAACUUGAGUAUCAAAAUCUGCAACCUGGAACGUUUUCAGCAUCCCAGGAUAAAAUCAGGUUGUAACCUAUCUUCAGUUGUGACAGGUAGAUUUUCUGUUCUUAUUUGAAACAUCCCAAUCCAAAUUUGACUGCUUUUGUUAGUAAUUGACUAAUAUUCGGGGUCCACCUUGACCCAGCCUUUGCAUGGCUCUGUGCUGUUGGGCAAACCAUACAGUGCUGCUUCUCCAACAGAGACUGUGGGGAAGUCUGGGAAUUGUGGGAAUUAUCAGUUGUAAUUUUAUGGAUUUUUAAGUUUUCUCUCCCUAAGAAAAAUAACUGUGAUAGAUACAGCUUUGAAGGUGGUAGCUGGCAUCAUGCAGGACAUCAAUGGUUCUACUCAAUAACAUGUCAGAUGGUUGUGUUCAGCUCCUUUUGGAAAUAUAUCAUCUAAUUACAAAUUUCUAGUGUGUUCUUAAAGCACAGUGAGCUUUGUGAGAAAUUAUUAUGAAAGCUUGUGAGAGUUACUGACUACAUAUUGGUAAAAGAGUGGUCUUGGUUUUCAUCAAUUUUUCUUUUCUUUAAUAGGUACAGGAAACUCUGUGUUUGAAUUUAUGCCUUUAAAAAUGUUACACCUGAUGACUCAACUAUACUUGCCUUUUACAUACUUCUGGUAAUCGUGUUUUUAUUUCCGUUCCCCUUUUCACACAAUUUUCUCUUUCACUUUUCACCCGUGGCUUGAGCUACGUUGUCUGGGGAAAAUAUAGCAACAAAAGCAGAAAUUCUUUUUCUUCAUAAAAUUUAUUGUGAUGAUAACUGAUGGUACUGCAGUAGGAUUAAUUAAGAUUGCAGAGAAUUUGAAAAAAUAUCUGAACUUUCCCUGAAGACAUGUGACUGAGGAUGACUGUGCUGAAUUUUGUUCCUCUUUCCUCAAAACAGAGUUUUAUUCUGUUAGAUACUGAGCAAAAAAAAGUGAUUAUGUUUGGACUUAUUUUUUUCACUUUAUUCACCUCUGGAGUUGGUGAAUUUCUUUGUAUGUCAUCAGAUCUUGAAAUGUCGUAUACUUUUUGUGAUUCUACAGCUCAUGCUUUCGUGUUUAAUAUGACACCUUGCAGCGUCAUGAAAACAAACAUCUGGAAGGCUACUCUUAACUGGAUUCCAAGAAGUGACAUCACCUUUUUGAAGAUUGUCUUCCAUGUCUGGCACGAUGGUGACAGAGCGUUUCACUGGAAGCAUCUCCUGUGCAGUGGAGCUGACGAUGAAUACUCAUUGUGUGAAACGCUGAAAGGAGAAACACUUGUAGAAGAAUUUGACAUUAAAGGUUUAAGAAUACAAUUUCUAAAGGGCAAUUAUAAUAUUAUUAUACAAGGAUUCUCUGAUGAUUCUGAGAAUAAUAUGGUCAUAUGCUUGAAUUUCACCAUGAUAGUAAAACAAGAUGUUUACUGAGUGCGACAAACUUUUCAAGUAAUUCAAGAACACUGAGGUAACUUCUGCAAGCAACUGGAAUCCAAGCUGCAAAGUAAUAAGCAAACUAAAUUUCCUGAGGUAGAAUACAUCUUGUGCUGUCUGGAAAGCUAUAUGAUAUAUAAUCUUACUCGUUUAUCAGAUCGUUUAUUUACUGUAAUCAGAUGCUCAGCCAACGUGCACAAAAUCUCCGGGUAUCAGGCAUUCUGAUUAAUCACAGAAUAACCCUGACUGGAUGGCAGGCUGAGGACUGCAUUUUGGUGCUGUGCCUUGAGUUAUGAUAAAGUCAAGUUCUUCAGACUGAGCUAAACUAAUCACGAAGUUUGGAAGUUUUGAAGUGCAAGAAUCAGAAGUUUAUCAGUACUCAAUUUAAAACAUAGCAAUUGAAUUUUGGAACCCUGCCAUAAGUUGUUGGGUUUUUUCCUUUGAACAAUAAAACUUUUUUGUACAAUCAA